CGUUUGCCUGCUGUACGUAUGCGUUCAUCCGCUCAGUGCGAAUGAGGGAGAGUGUAGGCUAAUAGUUCUUGAAUAUGAUGAUUUUUCCAGUUAUUGCCUUAUUUUCAAUUAUUUGUCUAGCAACUUCUACCGAUUUUUGCUAUGACGAGGGAUACUGUGACCCGUACGCCUGGGGAGACUUCUUCCCCAGCUGCCACCCCCUGCUGGAGUCCCACCACUCGCCCAUCGCCCUGGACUACGCCGUGACCAGAGACGAGGCGCUGGCGCCGCUGCAGCUGGACGGCUUCGACUCGGUGCAGAAAGGGCAGUGGAGGCUACGCAACGAUGGACACACAGUGGUGCUGGAGGUGGGCAGUGGGAUGAGUGUGAGUGGGGGGGGUCUCCCCGGCACCUACAGCACCCUCCAGCUGCACUUCCACUGGGGCAGCCUCGCCACCAACGGCUCAGAGCACACCAUACACUCACACAGAUUCCCCAUGGAGAUGCACAUAAUAAAUAUGAAGACCUCUCAUCCAAACCUGACCAGUGCCAUGGAGGAUCAGACAGGCCUUGCAGUCCUAGCUGUGUUUAUUGAUGUGUCCUACACUGAGAGCUCGGGCUUCAGCCCCAUCACCAAGGCCUUGCCAUCAGUGACCCAUAAAGGUCAGAGUGUCGCGGUCAGGCCGUUCCCAUUGGCCAAUCUCCUCCCUCAGGACCACCUGGGCCUCUACUACCGUUACCAUGGCAGCCUGACCACCCCGCCCUGCUCACAGGUGGUGCUGUGGACCGUAUAUGAGGUUCCCGUGGUCAUCUCCUGGUCUCAGUACGAGCGGUUUGCGGUCGGCGUUUUCUCCACGGAAGAGGAGUCCGACCAGGACGUCCUUCUCCAGAACAACUUCAGGCACGUGCACCCCACCUACAGCCGCCAGGUUCUGGCCUCCAGGGACGCCCAGCUCCCCGGGGCAGCCUGCCCAGCAGCACCUCCUCUCUCUGGGGUCGUCCUGCUCCCCCUCCUGCCUCUGCUCCUCAGCCUCCUGGAGCCCACGUCCUGACCAGCCCCCGGGCCACAGAGAGACGCCCCAGAUCCAGGUCGACUCCGGGCCGAGCUUGGACCAGAUGCACCAGAUCACCUUGAAGGCAUUGAGGGGGCAGGGCUCUGACUUAACUGUGACAAAGGGGUUGUUUCCAUGGAUACCGUACACAUCACACACAAGCAGCUGCCACUGGAAUGCAUCUGGUGCUGAUCUGGAUCCUGAUCUGGAUCCUGAUACUGUAUUCACUUGAUCUGGUUCCAAUCUAGUCCUGAUCUGUUACAUGAACUAAGGGCGCACUCACACUAGGUACAGUUCACCCGUACCGUACUGGAGCACGGUUGCCUCUGGUCCCUGGUCUGCGCUCACACUGCAUAUAUCAAACCGUACUUCGGUACGAUUGAGUUGCUGUGUCCUAGAAUCUUUAUGUUUACAUGUGAUUGUUAAUUGGAACAUUAUUUUGUCAUUAAUGACGUCCUGUGCUUACAUGUGUAGUGUACCAGAGUCCACCUCCUCCAAGCGUAUUAGCGUACCGUACCCCGGUACGGAACGAAGCAAUCGCACUGGUCAAAUGAACCGGACUUUAGGGGCCAAGUGUACUCAGGUACGGUACGAAUUGCCUAGUGUGAGUACGCCCUAAGCCAGAUCUGGUCCAGAUCUGUUUGUAAUCUGGUUUUGAUAUGGUCCAGAUCUGGCUGUGUUCUCCACCUAAUCUGGUCCAGAAUCUGCUUCUCUCUGGGGCACAUGGACCGGGAGACAAAGAGGCCCAUUGGUGCAUAAACUGCCACGGCUAGGAUGGCUGUGAAGCCGAAGCAAAAAGACCACAGAAACCUUACAAGAAACAUGACAUGACUUGAUGCUGCUUAGUGAUUGUGUUUUCCUUCUGAGGUUAACUUUGUUUAGAAUAAACAAACUUGAAUAAACAAAUUAUGGAGGUGACACAA